GGGUAUUAUUUGCAAAAAAAAAAAAAAUAUAUGUAUAUAGUAUCUAGAUGUAAUUUCUCGUUAUUUCACCCACAUUUAAUCUUAUUUCAUUUAUUUCAGAUUUAGGCGAAGUUGAAGCAAAAGUGCAAAACCCUAAUUUCCAGAGGACAGAGAGAGGUAUGAGUAUUCGACCAUUGGAUUUGGUUACGCCAACUGAGACUUUUGAAAUAGAAAACGGACUCUCCCUUGUGCCUCGCUUGAGGUUGAAACUUACGGUGUUCCCGGCGAGCCCUUCGGUGACGAAACCCAUCGACGAGUGGAAGGUGAAGCGAACCUUAAUAGACUUCCUCAAGACCUCUCUAUCAGUUCCCAUCACCGUUCCCGAGGAAGAUCUUCAGAUCAAACGGUUCAAGGACCUUAAGAAGCGAAAGCGUGAUGACCCUUUGGCUUUCGGCUACCUAUUCAUUCGCGACCUCAGUUUUAUCCAGAAGAAUAAAGAUGAAGAGGAGGACCUGACGGCCAUGGAGGAGAAGUUCUUGCAUUGGAGAAGGUACAUUGCUGACAAGAUGGAUGGAAUCGAAUUGAAUAUCGAAGGCUUGAAGUUCAAGCUAAACGUCGCCGUUCCUGUGUCUGAUGAUUUCCAAGGUAUGAAGAAAGCUUGGGAGGACUUCUUCGUUUUUGGGAAUCGAGGGUAUUCGAGGGGUGGGAAGCAAGAGCCUGAUACAAUAGUUCUGAGGGGUGUUCCGUCACGGUGGUUUGCUGAGCCGCGGGUUUCAUCAAAGCCUUCUAUGCUUGUUACGCAUACCAUUUUUUCAUCAUUUGGAAAGAUAAGGAAUCUUAAUGUUGCUGAGGACGAUGAUCUAGGUAAGGACGCAACUGAGGAUGAUUCAGUUAUAAUUUCAGGCCUUCACUGUAUGAUUGUGGUUCAGUUCGAGAAGUACAAGGACUUCUACAAUACCUUAAAAGUAUUAUGUUGCCGCUCUAUGCAGAAGGAAGGAUCAAGAUUGAGGGCGGAUUAUGAAGUUACUUGGGACAAAGAUGGCUUUUUCCAAAACACGAGAAGUAGAUUAGAAGAGAAAGGUGGGAUAAGAGAAAUAGCAGCAGCACAUUACAGAAGUGAAGCACCUAGACAUCAACGUGAACAGAUUUCACGUACCAGUCCUGAUGAUAUGCGCCGAAAGAGAUUCAAGGACUAAGGAAUUUGAAUAUACUGGACGGAACAUCUGAAUUGUUUAUUGAGGUGCUGGAACUAGUGAAAGCGAGUUUAUCACUUAGCUCAGCAGCAGUACAGGACUGACUACCGUGUCCUUGUUUUUUACGAGUGAUUGUAUCUUUGUAAAACCUCAAUGCAUCACGACCAAGCCUUGGUUUUUCCAUAUGUAACAAUAAUUGGAUGUUUUAGGCUGCUGGUGGUAUAUUGUACAAAUAACUAGCAGUGAUGGUUAAAUUUUGCAACUUUUAUUUAUUUUUAAGAGGAUAUUUGUUUUAUCUCCUA